AUGGGCGCGCACAGCACGCCCUGCGCGUCGUACGACUUCCAGCGCUACGCCUCGCUCUGCUCGCACGCCGACGACCUGCUUGAAGUGCUACACGCGCUGGGGUUGGCGGGGGGGGAGGCAGAGGGGGACCCGCUGGGGGAGGCGGUGGGCCAGGGGCAGGGCGAGGGGCAGGGCGAGGGGCAGGGCGAGGAAGGGCGAAGGGGGGAGAGGCAGGGCGAGGCGGAGCAGGGCGAGGUGCUCGACGUGCUGGGGGUGGCGGGGGGCGAGGCGCUGGGGGGCGCGGAGGGCGAGGCGGAGGGCGAGGUGGAAGGGGAGGCGGAGGGGAAGGCGGAGGGGGUGGCGGAGAAGAAGGCGAAAGGGGGAGCGGAGGAGGAGGCGGAGGGGGAGGCGGAGGGCGUGGUGUGUGUGGGGCACAGUGUGAGCGGCAUGGUGGCGCUGCUUGCGAGUCUUGAGCGGCCCAGCGCGUUCAAACGCCUUCUGCUGCUCGGUGCCUCGCCCAGGUACCUGAAUGAGCCAUCUACAGGGUACGUGGGCGGCUUCGACCCCCCAGACCUGGAGCAGCUGUUCCUGGCGGUGAGGGGGAACUACAUCGCAUGGGCGUCUCAAGCGCCCUCCCCAUCCCCUUACCUCCCCACGACCACCAGGUACCUCAACGACCCGUCUACAGGCUACAUUGGUGGCUUCGACCCUCCAGACCUGGAGCAGCUGUUCCUGGCAGUGAGGGAGAACUACAUAGCGUGGGUGUCGGGGUUCGCACCGCUCAUGGUGGGGCGGGACAUCAGCAGCGCCCAGGUGCGACAGUUCAGUGAGGGCGUGCUGCUAGUGCGCCCGGACAUUGCUCUCAGCGCCCUUCGCACGGCCUUCCAGUCGGAUUACAGACAUGUGCUGAGACAAGUGGGUUGCUUGUGA